GUGAAGCUGCCUGUUGUGACUGAAAGCAACGGGCGGCGGUGCUGCAGCCUGAUAGACGGCAAGGAGCAGUAAAAAGCGGGUGGGUAGUUGCUGGAUCCGCUUGUCAGUUGAGGAAAAAGGGAGCGCAAAAGCAGGGCAGUUGGAAUCAUGGCUUCAGCUAAAACGAGCACAGGCUCAACGCUACUGCAGCCACUUAGCGACAUCACCAAUAUCCCGAUUGACCAGGUGAACUUCGUAGUCUGCCAGCUGUUUGCCUUGUUCACAGCCAUUUGGUUCCGGCUUUAUCUUCAUCCUAGUAAAACCAGCACUUUUGUCAGACACGUCGUGGCCACUCUUCUGGGAUUUUAUCUUGCACUAUUUUGCUUUGGGUGGUAUGCCUUACAUUUUGUUAUUCAAAGUGGGAUUACAUAUAGCAUCAUUCUUUUAGCAGGAGAAGAGAACAUGCACAAGUACUGUUUUAUAGUUGCUCUGGGAUACCUCAGUCUUUGCCAGAUCUCCCGUGUCUAUAUUUUUGAUUAUGGACUCUAUUCAGCUGAUUUUUCUGGCCCAAUGAUGAUAAUAACACAGAAGAUAACCAGUCUGGCAUUUGAGAUUCACGAUGGAAUCUCAAAGAAAGAAGAACAACUGACACCGAGUCAAAGAAGUUUAGCUGUCAGGAGAGUGCCAAGUUUACUGGAGUAUUUCAGUUACAACUGUAACUUCAUGGGCAUUCUGGCUGGUCCUACAUGCUCUUACAAAGACUAUAUUGCCUUUAUUGAAGGUUCAUCUUUCCAUCUGAAACAUGCAGAAACAAAUGGAAAUGAAAAUGGGAAAUACAAGCAGGCUGAACCAUCACCAAAAGCAGAUGUGAUACACAAGUUGUCAGUCUGUGCAGUUUCUCUACUGGUUUACCUCACUGUCUCGAAAUAUUUUUCAGUGGAACACACUAUUGAUGACCACUUCAUUUCAUCAACACCAUGUUAUAUCCAAGUUAUCUAUUUGUAUAUCGCUAUGCUGGCCACUAGACCCAAAUACUAUUUUGCAUGGACUCUUGCUGAUGCAAUCAACAAUGCAGCAGGCUUUGGCUUUAAUGGGUACAAGAAGGAUGGAACGCCACGCUGGGACUUGGUAUCAAACUUAAGAAUAGCUGAUAUAGAGUUGUCUACAAGUUUUAAACUAUUUCUGGAUAACUGGAAUAUACAGACAUCACUAUGGCUGAAAAGAGUGUGUUAUGAGAGAUGUUCGUACAACCCCACAGCUGCAACAUUCUUGCUUUCAGCGAUUUGGCAUGGUGUUUAUCCAGGAUAUUACCUAACUUUUUUAACAGGCAUAUUUAUGACAAUGGCAGCACGUACAAUAAGAAACAAUGUGAGACACUAUUUUCUUGGCUCUACCACACACAAAUUAAUUUAUGAUAUAUUAACGUGGGCAGCAACUCAAAUAGCCAUUUGUUACACAGUAGUGCCAUUUGUAUUGUUGUCUGUGGCACCAUCUCUGAAGUUUUACAGGUCCUGGUACUUCUGUCUACACAUUGCAUGCUUGCUGGUUAUAGUUGUGUUGCCUGUUAAACCAAAGCAAGUGUCAAGGAAAGAUCUUGGGAACAGUCGACAAGCGGUGCAUCUGCAGAAACAGCAGGCAGUGAGCAAUAGCCAUGCCUCCACAAACAACAACUGCAAUCAGAAAAGGAAAGAGACAUGAAGAUACGCCUUGUGAAGAUGUAGUGCAGAGAUUCCUUUUCUGUUUUAAUAAAUCAAGGAAAAACCUAAAACUUCCAGUAGUGCUAUGGAGAGGGACCACAUUUGACAGAAGAAAAUAAUGAAUCUGGGUGGAACUGAUACAGAAUUUUAAUGAAAGAAAUGUAAAAUAAUAUAAAAAUGCAUCAAUUUAAUGAGGAUAAAAUUAUUGUGGUCAAAUUACAGUACAAGAUCUAGUCUGCUGAAAGUAUGCAAAAUAUUUUUAACGUUGCCUUAAACCCUCUAUCUACUAAAAUGGUAACAGAUAACCAUCUCAGCACUAAAGGAUGAUAGAAGUACACUGUAGUGUCUUUGUGAGAGAAAAAAGGCCCUAGUGGUACGUAGAGGGUUUUUGUCCAAAAAGAAAUAUGGUUAAACCUCUCCAGUAGGAAAAUGUAUAUAUGCGGAUAUAAAUUUGUCAUAUAUAUAUAUAUAUAUAUAUAUAUAUAUAUAUAUAUAUAUAUAUAUAUAUAGGAGACAAAUUAAGUCAAUAAGUAAAUAUAUUGGUUAUUCUUUGUUUGGUAAUAUGUUUAAUUAUUGAUUUAUACACACACACAUACACACAAUAUAUACAGUAUAUAUAUAUAUAUAUAUAUAUAUAUAUAUAUAUAUAUAUAUAUAUAUAUAUAUGCACAUGUGUAGUUAUGUAUAUGUUAAACUCCAUAUAUAUAUAUAUAUCUAUAUAUAUAUGAAGUUUAAUAUGCACAUGUGUAUAUAUGUGUAUAUAUGUGCAAAGUGCGUGUGUCCAUAUAUAUACACAUAUAUAAAGUAUAAAUAAAUGAGUUGUAUUACUCUUUAUGAUGCCAAUUUCCUCAGCUAGGCCUUAGCUUCUCUACAUGCCAUUUUAAUUUUGUUUUGUAAUCUGUUAUUUAUUCUCUAAAUUCUUAUCUUUGUCAUUGGUAUUAUGGCUGUUCAAAGAGGGUUACAAUGUUUUCAUGACACAUUUUAAGGGCUCAUUCAGUUUUUUAUUUUACUCGUUUUGUAAAGUGGGUUUCAGGGGAUUGCAGGUUUCUUCAGAAUGGUAAUUAUUUUACUGUAUCCAUAGGAUAAAAAGCUUUUUCUUAAAGUCAGCAGUUAGUAAUCCAAAAUAUGCUUUCUGGUUCAUAUUAAUGAUUUUUUUUUCCUCGUAAGAAUCAAAGUUCUGCUUUGGAUGAGUGAUUCCUGGGACAGCAGCAAUCAGACAGUAACUGUGACACUCAUCCUUGAGUUUUCCAGAUCAAAAGCCACCUUGUCUCUGUUGUUGUUGUUGUUAAAGGACUGAAUUAACCUGCAAUUAGUCUUUUGGUCUGAUUCCGAUUUGUAUUUGAUUUUGAAUUACCUUAAUAACACUGUACCUGCAUCUCAUUCAGAGGAUCUACUUUAACUGAAUUAAUUAAAACUACUACAUUUUGUUUUUCAUGUUUUAUGUUCACCACUCGUUAUGUUCUACUUGUGUUUGUAUUCGUUUUAGGUAAAAAGCCAAAAUGAGUUCAAUGUUGGCUAGCAAGAAUGUGUUUUUUUUUUUUCUCUUUUUCAUGUGGCACCGACUCAUUGUACUGUACGUGUGGGACUUCAUAUUAUAAUCCAUAUAGUAAGAUUGUAAAUUUCAUGACGGUGAUGAUUUUCUGGAAUUUUGUGUUAAACACGAUGCAGAUUUCUAGAUGUUCGAAAUGCACUUUGAUAAGUCAUUGCCUUGCAAAUGUAUUUUCAGUACAUGCAAUAAAACAAGAGUAAUGCAAUAAUCUGUAACACUCUUUUAAGAGAGCAUAACCACGGAGAGUAGUUGAUCACUUCCUAUACAUUCCAGAGGAGCUUCCAGUAGUGUGCAGGGAGAAUCCCAACAGUGGCCAGGUAACCACCCUCAAGCAAUGACCAAAUGUGGUGUUCGUUCUUUAAAUUUUAGGUAUCAAACACUUUCAGAAAAAGGAUGACUUAAUAAUAUAAUGAAUACAUAAUUCCUUUUUUAUGUAAAAAUGGUAACUCAAAUAAAUUUACUUCUUGUUUAUGUUUCCUAUUAUCAGUUAAAUUAUCAAAAAAGUAACAAGACAGGCCAGUUCUUACUAAUAAACUCAAAUUAAGGUCAAAGAUUGUAGCAGAAUUUGGAGAACAACUGUUGUCUUCAUGGACUCAGGGAUUUCGAACAUCUAGAACACUGUAUUAUAGUGAGUGUCAGACCGUUUUGUGAGACUUUGUAACCCAUAGCAUAAAGAAUGCACAUGAAAGCUUCAAAUUGGUUUUGGGGAGACACAGUUGACGGGUUUACUUGUAGUUGACCUCAGAAAGAGAUACAGUGUUUGUUUAGGUUUCAUCCAAAUCCUGGCCAUGUCUGCUAUAAGGUCAUUACCACUACAGCAACACAAUGCAAAUGUUUUCAAUAUACGAAGUGCCAAACUGCUAACGUAGUCAGGGUCUGUCUCUGUCUUGUUUAUCGAAGAGCGGCGACAGAGUCAAUUUACAAAAAGCAUACUAAAAACCGGAGGGUGGGAGUUUUACAUAGUUUAUUCUGAGAACUACUCACAAAUGUUAAUUUUUAACAAUUCUGAGAUUUAAAGUUAGAAUUUAUUAUGUCUUUGUGCAUUGUAAGUAAUGCCACACAGUGUUACUAGUUGAGCAUUGCAAGGGUAUGGGGAGUUAGAAUGCCAAAAAAAAUCACAAAGCAAACUGUUUCCGUUGUACAGGUUUUAACUACCAUACUUGAGUCGUUUUCAUGCAGUUAUCCAGAACAGCAGGUGUUUUCUUUGUUUUCCUUUUGGUAUUUUUGUAGCUGUUUUAGGUACAUAAAACAUUACAUAUAAUACAUGUUCUAGAUUCAAGCAAUGUGUUUCAAAAAAUAACUUUUCUCUCUUUUAUUGAGGAUUUUAGCUUUACUGCUCUCUGUAACCCUGUGAUGGGGCACACUCUUCACUUAUUGCACUGAUGUUUUUGCUGGUAAAUGGUGGGCUCUGGCAAUGCAAAUGGACUAAAUGCCAUCACUUAUGUGUGUAGAUUUCUCUAGACGGUGGGCUGAUUUUCAGCCCAGGCCUUCCUGCACCAAACGUUACAGGUCUGCACAAUGUGAUGUCCUCUGAAGACCACAAGAUCAGCCUUUCCCUUGUCUCAAGUGAUCCUACCAUGCUUCUUGUGAACAAACUUCAAACUAAAGAAUUUUUGACAAAUUUAUGUUUUAAGUUUUUCUUUCCCAAUAACUUACACCAGCAGGCUUUACAGUCUGUUUGAAAAAAAAAUAAUAAUGAAAUUAAUCAUUGUGUUAUUUAUACAGAGUUUUCUCUUAGUUCACAGUUAAUAAACUAAAAUGGAGUCUUGAAACAGGAAUAAGCCAUACAUUUUUUACACAAUUAACAACUAAUGUGAACAUCUCACCAUCUCAGACAUUAUUUUUCAUUUCAUCAGAAACUGUAAACAUUACAGCAUUUAUGUAAUCCUGCUUUACCUGUGAUUCAGAACCUUUUGUGUUUGACUUGGAAUGACAAUCCAUUAAUGUUAAUUGCAGAUCUCAUUUCUACAGUAUGGCGGCCAAAAUCCCUCAUUCAGUUCUAUGCCUCCUUUUCUUCUUUAUGACCUUGUGGAUUUAAUUAAUUUAUUAACUGCAUUUAAAAAGCGCUUUUCUAACUUCGGAGCACUUUACCUAGACAGUGGGGGAACCACUUCAGCCACCACUGAUAUGUAGCAUCCACCUUGAUGAUGCAACAGCACCCAUUGUUGCUCCAGUACACUCACCACACAUUAGGUCUUAGAUGGUGAACGGGUGAGGGAGAUAGUAGCAAAUAAGGGAGAGGUGAUGAUUAGGGGUCCAUGUUGGGCAGUUUUGCCAGGACAUUGAGAGACACCCUACUCUUUUUGAAAGAUGCCCACAGACGUCUUUUAUGACCACAGAGAGUCAGGGCCUUCGAUUUUAAUGUCUCAGCCAAAGGUGAGCACCAAUGUUUACAUCAGUGUUCCUGUCCCUGCACUGGGGUAUUCAGCUCCAUACAGAGACCACAUGAUAAGCACCCCUUCCUUUGAGAAGUCCAGCUUCCAUGCUCUAGCUGAAAGCACAUUGUUGACUAAAUAUAUAUCUUUACAAUCUGUAUUGAUUGGGGUCCAUGUGUUGUCUCAAUAUGAACUGACUUUUCUUGACUUCUUUAAUUUGUACUUUAGAAAGGUGUAAUUUACCCAGGGUUGUUGUGUCUCAUAACAGUAAGUCAAAAAAUUGAAUGAUUUUAGGCUGGCCAUGAUGGCGUUCUUGAUGUGUUUAACCUACAUGUUGGCUGAAACGGUUUGUUCUUGGUGAAAGUGUUGUGAGAUCCUUCACAGAGCUCCAAUACAGUACUACUAUACAGAUUAUUGUUUGCUGGCUGUUGUAGAGAGUGGGAAAGGCCUUAGUUCUAAGGUUAGGAGAAUGUUAUGUGUUGUAAUAAAAGACAUAAAACAGAUGAAGAGUUGGGCAAAAAAUGGAAAAAUUGGCAGGGGAAAAAAAGAAAACCCAGAUAACAGGUGAUCAUGUGCUGAUCCUGAAGGUAAUGUCUUUGCAGACGCAAGUGUUUUGACUGACUCGUCUUAGAUGGCUCUGGGUUUUAAAGGUGUCAUGACGGGAAGAGGCAGGGUUAUCAGCGGAAGCAGAAGAGAUGUCAUAGGUCUUGUUGUCAAUGGUCUUCAGUCCCGAGGAUGGGAAACAGAAAGGCAUACCCUCAUGGCUCGAAGUGAUAUUACAGCUAUUAUACGAGCCUUAAAGCUGUCCCCUAAUCACAUGUGUGCCAGAUACAUCUCAUCUGGACAAAGCAUUUUUUCCUGGACUUUGGCUGUAAACCCCGUUUUCUACUAUAUCCAGUAGAUUUAGGCAACAAUUAAAUCAAAGAUGUGGCCAUUUUUGAUUGGCACUUUUUGCCUGUUUUUGUACUCUUGUUAGGACACACUUCCUCAAAAGAAGGCACCUGCAAAAAAGUGUUUCACAAAUUUUUCUUCAAAGCCUUUUGUGCAAAUUGUUUAAAAAUUGCAUUACUAAAAUUAAACAAACAUUUCCUUUUAUGGAUUUCUGAGCUAUGAAAAUAGAGCAUAAUGGAUACAGUCUACUUUAUACCAGUCAGUUGCAUUUUGUUUGUGGGUAUCCUGUGCAUGACAUAGCAAAUGAAGCCUCCUUAGAAAAUGUGUGCUUGUUCACUUUCUCUGAGAUUAGGCCACUUUUUUCAAUUAUGUGUUAAGUAUGCUGCAACCUUAAAACCGCUGCCAGAAAUCCCUUAAAAGUAAGCAUUUCUUUAAUCCUUCCAUUUAAACAAGCCACUCAUUCUUCCGUGUGAUCCAGUCUAAUAGGUGAGUUUGCCUUCUUUAAUGUGCUUUACUUUCCUCAUGCCAACAUUAUGUUGUUGAUUUUGCUUAAGAAUGUAAAGCCCCGGAAAUUUUGUCCAUUUGAUUAGGGUUUUGAUUUGAUAGCCAUUUAGCUAACUUUUUGACAAAUGUAAUACAAGUUUUAAAAAAAAAGUAGCGCAAAAUGAAAAUCUUUUAUCUCUCAAAUGUGUUGUUCUUACAAACAAGUUUAAUCUGACGUGGACUCUUACCUAACCUUAAACUCGCGUUCUCCUUCCUUCACAGCUCAGUGAACAGAGCAGCUUUUUGCCUUUUUAGUCCCUGCCUUAGUGCAGUAAACAUGAAGCGGUUUCUGUUUGGCAAGCUAAGCCACAUGAUGAAGAAUAAGGUGACGGGUGACCUGAAAACAGGUGAGGUGUCGUGAGUGUACAGAGCAAGGGACCUGCCAGAUGGCUGGAUGUCUCAUUGCCAUUGGGAAGAAGAGAUUGCUUCUAUCCAGGGUUAUGUGUUUUUUAUGACUUUACAAUGAACAUUUACCAAAAUUUGCCUUCCCUUAAUUCACCUGACUGUUUUAAUUUCUUAUUUUUUUAAUUAGUGACAUAUUUAAUCUUAUGUGCAAAAUUGAUUUUGGUGAUGGUGUGAUCUAAAUAUUGUCACUAUGUCAACACUGUGAUGCAUUAAUCACAAUUUUGUACUUUAUGGUAAUAUUGCUUUCUUUGUAACAUUUUAGUGGCUGUUUUAGGAGCAUUUGUACCUUUUGUCUAAAUGUUUCAUUUGUACUUCAAAACGUUUGUCAGUGUGUGUGUUUCUUGGCAGUGCUGAUUAAAGCAGCAAAUGAAAACUCA